AUGCGCGCGCGCACGCGCACUCGCGCGCGCGCGAUGCUUCGCCGCGCCUUCGCGGACGCCGCGCGACGCGGCUACGCGACGAUCUCCGUCACGGUCGUGCGCGACGGCGCGAGACACGCGAUCGAUGGACGGGUGGGAGAAACCCUGGCGCAGGCGCUGGCGCGAAACGCGGAACUCAGGAGCUCGGCGCCGACGAUGAGCAUCGCGCGAGGGCCGGACGCGCACGUGCUGAUCCCGGACGCGUUUCUGGAGAAGAUGCCGGCGCUGGACGCGAUGGAGCUCGAUAAACUUGAGGACGUGGCGGUGGACAUGGGAGCGAACUCGAGGUUAGCGAGCCAGGUGACGCUGACGAAGGACGUGGACGGGUUGGUGUGCGCGAUAUCAAAGCUGUAUCCGGAGAACCCGAUGUAG